CUACAGGCAGCCUGUGGAGGGUGUGGUCUGCUGGGCCCCUCCCACAGCUCUGCUCUUUCCUUGUGCAGGGUGACUGGUCUUGUCUCCACCCCCUCCUGUAGUUUGCUACAGGCAGCCUGUGGAGGGUGUGGACUGCUGGGCCCCUCCCACAGCUCUGCUCUCUUCUUGUGCAAGGUGACUGGUCUUGUCUCCACCCCCUCCUGUUGUUUUCUACAGGCAGCCUGUGGAGGGUGUGGUCUGCUGGGCCCCUCCCACAGCUCUGCUCUCUCCUUGUGCAGGCUCUGCUCUCUGCACAGUAAGGAAGUCACUGCUAUUUUUUUUAAGGCG